AUGUCCUCAGGCGUAUUUCCGAUAUCUCUUUACGAAGAGCUGCUACCAAAGCUCGUCGCAAUCCUGGAGCUGACACAGCAGCCGGAGGGAACGGCCAACCCACAAGCAAAACAAAAGUUGCUUCAGGCGACGAACGCCUUCAAGAACGCGAUUGCCCAAGCAAAGGACUUUGCGGUCAACCUACCUGGUGGAGAACUCACCAUAGCCGAGCAGGACGCCGUGAUUAAGAUGCUCGAAACGCUGAAGGAGCGCAAGAGGGCCCAAUUGGCAGAAUUCGCAUCGAGGAACGUCAUGUCCUCGUCUAUGGCUGACGACAUCAAGAUGGAAAUCGACUCAAUGGCAUCCACGCCAGCAAAUCGUGACUGA